GACGCCGCUCGGCGACGUCGUCCAGCUCAGCCGGGUGGAUCCUCGGCCCUCGAGAAGAUGCGCGUUCCCCUUCACGCCGCUCUGGCUGCGUUGGUGUUGUUGACGGUACUCGCGCACGCGCAGCGCGAGACGGACGAGCCGGCCGCGAGCGAGCCGCGAAAGGGCGGCGAAUCCAAAUCGAAGCUCGACGAGGAGCUGUUCAAGAAACUAUUUGCUCAACGGCGAAAGGACCACGUGGAGGCCGUGCAGACCCUCCUGAAGAUGGACAAUUACGAGCGCCUGUACAAAAUGAUUGCGGUGCUGACGGAGAAGAUAGUGGAGGUCAUCGAAUCGAGUAGGAGCGUAAUCGGGAAGGCCGGUUUCCUGCCGCACAACAGCUCUUUCCCCGUGGACACCGGCGUGAAAGACGCGCUGUCCAGCAUCCUGGAGAACACCGCGCUAUUCGGCGACAUCGUCCUGCAUCUGCCGGACAUCAGUCACAGGAUACUGAGGACGCAGCCGGGAUGGAACUCCACGAUACACUGGUCUCUGAAUUUCGCCAAUCAGACGCGGCAUCUGCUGAACAAAUCGACCAUCACGAUGUUCCGGCUGGUCGAGCAGGAGCUGAACGUGACGGAGCGCGAGCCGGGCUAUUUUAAUCCGUACAGGAGCGCCGCCCACGCCGGCCAGCGCGAGGAUACCGUGAAGAAGAAGAGGCCGGCGAAGAAGGAAAAACGCAAAAAGGGACCGCAGAUUGCUAAAAUCGAGCUGUGAGCGCCGUCGUCGGCCGCGCGCACGGAGACUCGCUCUGACCGGUUCCUAAAUCGCCUCGUUAAGAAGCGGGGCAUUUCUGCGGCCCGCGCUGCCGUUGAGAUCCUAGAGAAGGUGGAUACCAUAUCUGACUCCGAAUCCUACGGGAUUAAUAACGACGAGCUUCCGCACGGCUUAAUUCGACGAAAAUUAACUAUAUUUCUAUAAUAUCUAUAUAUAUAUAUGUAUGAUAGCGUAAUAGUAUAACUCUGAUCGUCAGGAGCUAAUUAAGAAUGUGCGCAAACUUUAGCGGGCGCAUUUGCAUUCAACGACGUUGCCACGACACGUGGAUGUCGCUAUACAUAUCGAGCGUCCCGACAGAGUCUUUACAAUAUCAAGUAAAACUGUUGCGAUCGACACAAUUGUCGUUUCUAGCUUGCGCAAAUACGAUUGUACAUAGAAGCGUAACAUUCUAGCCGGACAGUUCCAACUCUAGAAUAUUGUCAGAGCGGCGCGACGACGUUCAUCGUGCAACUCGUCCGACGUUAAGACGCGCCGCGGAGUCCGGCGCGCCGAUCCGUCCCUGUUUGAAAGCGAAACGCGCGGAGAAGUGCCCGGAGGGCAAGUUGGCCCGCGAGCGAGCCGUGAAUCUCACGGCUGCGGC